AUGUCUCGAAGUUGCUCGCAGUGUGGAAACAACGGCCACAACUCUCGCACGUGUCCGACGGAAGCAUCCGUAUCCGUAUCCGCCGCCGGCGGAGAGAAAGGCAUCAUGCUCUUCGGCGUCCGCGUCACAGAGGCUCCCUCGUCGUCGUCAUCUUUCAGAAAAAGCGUCAGUAUGAACAAUCUAUCUCAAUUCGAUUACGCCGCUCACGAUUCAAACCCCGUCGACGACGGCGGUUACGCCUCAGACGACGUCGUUCACGCCUCCGUCAGAAAUCGCGAGCGCAAGCGAGGGACUCCAUGGACGGAGGAAGAGCAUAGAUUGUUCCUCACAGGUCUGCAUAACGUCGGGAAAGGAGAUUGGAGAGGAAUCUCCAGAAACUUCGUUAAAACUCGAACACCGACUCAGGUCGCGAGUCAUGCGCAGAAGUAUUUCCUCCGCCGCACGAAUCAGAAUCGCCGCCGCCGUAGAUCCAGCCUCUUCGACAUCGCUCCCGAUCCGAUAACAGAAGAGCAGACGUCAUUGAAACUAAUCCGUCCGAUUCCGAUUCCGAUUCCGAUUCCUCCGUCGCGGAAAAUGGCUGAUCUGAAUCUGAGCAAGAAAACUUCAGCGCCGGAAAAGAUGAUUCCGAUGUCGCUUAAUCUACCGAUACAGUCAUCGUCGUCGUCUUCAUCUUCCAAUGAACAGAAGACACGUGGCUCACGUGCCACGGCGUUCGAGACGAUGGCUAAUAAUGGGGAUAGCAUAAUGGGAGUCGCUUGA